AUGGUGAAACUUGCUGAAAUAUCUAGAACGUCAACAUUUGCCUGGAGUCAUGGAUGUCUUCCACUUCUUGCCACUGGUACUGUUGCUGGAGCCGUUGACGCCAACUUCAGUUCUCAGUCAAAGCUUGAAUUAUGGGACGUUUUUUCACCAAUUGAUAAGUCCACGCCCGCAGUGGUUGCCACUGUCAGUGCCAGAUUCCACGCAUUGGCCUGGUCCAAGCCAUUCGACGGCCAUGCACAGGGUGUGAUUGCAGGUGCCUUUGAAGAUGGUAUUGUUGAAUUUUGGGACGCUGAAAUCUUGUUAAAAUCUAAGGAUUUAGCCAAGGCUUCGGUACACCGUUCCAAUGUUCAUUCUGGUCCAGUUAAGACAUUGCAAUUCCACCCAAGUCAAGACCACGUAAUGGUUUCUGGUGGUGCCCAUGGUCAACUAUUUGUUUGGGACAUAAAAACAUUUGCUGAACCUGUCGCCCCAGGCCAAGCCAUGACCCCAAUGGAUGAAGUUUCCUGUGUUGCAUGGAACAAUACUGUUCCUCAUAUCUUUGCCAGCACUGGUAACGGUGGAUAUACACUGAUUUGGGACUUGAAGGCCAAAAGAGAAGUUUUACACUUGUCUUAUUCUGGAAGUUUGGGUAGAGCUAAUUUCUCAUGUGUUGCAUGGCAUCCAACCCUUUCAACUAAGUUGGUUACUGCUAGUGACAAUGACGGAUGUCCAUUAAUUCUUACUUGGGAUUUAAGAAAUUCAAAUGCCCCAGAAAAAAUCAUGCAAGGUCAUAAAAAGGGUGUUCUUUCUUUGGAUUGGUGUGCUCAUGACCCAGAAUUGUUGAUUUCAAGUGGGAAGGAUAACUCUACUUUAUUAUGGAAUCCAAUCAAGGGUGAAAAAUUGGGAGAAUACCCAACCACUGCUAACUGGGCCUACAACACCAAGUUUGCUCCUGCUGCUCCAGAUAUCUUUGCCACCGCUUCUUUUGAUGGUAAAAUUGUAAUUCAAUCUUUGCAAGAUACUUCACCACCAGUUCUGUCCAAGGUUGCUUCCACCAAUGAUGACAAUGAUUUCUGGAAUGAAAUUUCUGUGACUGAUACUCAACAACCAGUAUUUGAAAUCAGCCAAGCCCCAGCUUGGUUGAAAACUACUUCUAGUGUGUCCUUUGGAUUCGGUUCUAAGUUGGUUCUGGUCUCAACCAAUAAGGAUGGUCAAUCAGUUGUGAACAUCUCCAAGUUUGCUACUAAUAGCAAAUUUGAUGAAACAUCCAACCUGCUUUCCAAGGCUAUUAAUUCUGGAAACUUUACAUCAUUCAUUGAAGAGAAGGUCAGUGCCUCUUCAUUUUUGAAUGAUACUGAAAAGGGUGACUGGGAACUUUUAAAGAAAUUGUCAGAAACCAAUAAGGAAGAUUUAUUGAAGGAACAACUUGGAGAAAGUGAAUCCAAGGAUGAAGCACCAGAAACAAAGAAGGAAGCUGAAGACUUAGAUUUGGGUGAUGACUUUGCUGGAGACGAUUCAUUCUUUGACAACUUGGGAUCUGGAAAGAUUUCUGCUACCAUCACUAAGCAGAAUGCGGAUUCCUUUGUUCCUAGUGGCGAAUUCUCAUUGAUUAAUGAAAAGAAGGACUCCGACGAGGACAAGAAGUUAUUCAAGUUGAUUUUGAACGGUAACCUUGAGGGUGCAGUUACUGAAUGUAUCCAACAAGAAAGACUUGUAGAAGCUUUAAUUAUCGCCUUGGAUGGUUCUGAUGAAUCCAAGGCUAUCGUAAAGAAUGAAUACUUCAAAAAGAAUCAAGAAAAUGUCCUUUCUAGAUUGCUUUAUAGUGCUUCAUCCAAGAAUGUUACUGAUAUUGUUGCUCAUGCUGAUGUAUCAAACUGGAAGGAAAUUGCUGCUAGUAUUUCUGCUUAUGCUGCCGACGGAGAAGACUACAACAGUAAGAUCACCGAAUUAGGUGACCGUAUUUUGGAAUCCAAGACUCCUUCCAGAGAAAAUGCUAUUUUAUGUUACUUAGCUGGUAAUGCUUUGGAUAAGAUUGCAAAGAUUUGGUUAAACGAGUUACCUGCUAUUGAAGAAGAAUUAUUGAAGUCUACCUCUUCAGGCUCAUCUUCUCCAUCAGAUGCUCGUUUCGAAGCUUUGAACAGUUUUGUUGAAAAGAUUGCUACGUACAGAUCGAUUUCCAAAACCAAUGAUAGCUUUGCUGGCCCAGGAAUAGAACCAAUUUGUAAGGUGAUUUUGGAAUAUUCCAACCUGGUUGCCGGUUUUGGCCAAUUCGAAUUGGCUGAAAAGUUUUUGCAAUUGUUACCCGCUGAUUUUGAAGGUUUGAAGAUGGAAAAGGACAGAAUUGCCAAAGCUACUGGAAACUACACUUCCGCAACUACCGCAUCUAACAAUAGAAGAGGUGGAUCAACUUCUUCUGCUACUAGUAGAGCAUACGCUCGUCCAGGACUUGGUGGUCUUCAGCCUGCUCAACCAAAAGCAUUCGUGAAGUCACCAGCUAAGCAACAUGCAUCAUUGUCUGGUAACAAGCCAUUUGUACCAAUGGUCCCAACUGCUCCUCCAACUUUUAACAGAGCGCCACCACCACCAGCAGUUGGUACUCCUGCGCCCCCUGUUGCUAAUGCAUACGGUGCUCCAGUCCAACCAGUUACCAACCCUUAUGCUCCACAAGGUGGCGCAUCAGUCCCUGGCCCCGGAGCUGUACCAUCUUUCCACAACCCGUACAGGCCUUCUACUCCUAGCUUACCAACGACUGCUGCUGCUUCUAAUGGCUCUCCAGCUAUCCCACCACCACCAAAGAAUGCUUUUAGAAAGGAUACCGAUGGGUGGAAUGACUUACCAGAAGGAUUCAAGCCGAAGGUUGCUCCUCGCAGACCUGUUGCUUCUUCUUCUUCUCCAUCUCCAGUGCAAGUGAAUACUACUUCCACCCCUUCUUCGAUCGCUUUACCUAAGAGAACUUCUUCAGUUGGACCUCCAACUCUUCCACCUCCACCAAAGGGUAUUAGUCGUACCAGUUCCAGACAAACCGUUCCAACUGAGGCAGCAAGUAUUCCACACUCACCUUCUCAGGUCUCAAGUCGUUAUGCCCCACCUACUCCAAGCGUGAUUUCUUUGGACCAAAAUAAUUCCGGUUCUAGAGUCGCAUCUCCUUCAGUUCACCCCGCGCCACCUCCAAAGAACCCAUAUGCUCCUCAAUCUACUCCUGCUCCGGUUAAGACUGCAUUUGCUCCACCAACUCCUCCAAUUGUACCUUCGUCAACCUUACCACCUACCCCUAGUACCCAGGCACCACCUAAAAAUCCAUAUGCCCCUGUUGCCAAUAAUGGCCCAGUUGCUCCAACUGGUUACAUGUUGCCUCCUAGAACUUCAAGUCACGGAUCCCAAGUUAAUGCAUUUGCUGGACCACCACCACCACCACCUAGUGGUCACGCAUCCGCACACGCCCAUACUCCAGCACCACCACCACCACCACCAGCCGCUGCUCAGGGAAGUAACGGGUUUCCGCCUGUUGGACAAUCCGCCGAACCACCAGUAAAGGAAAAGUACCCUGCCGGAGAUAGAUCUCAUAUUUCUGAGGAUGCACUUCCAAUCUUUACAACGUUGAGCUCUAUUCUUGACCUGAUCAUGCCCGACCUCCCUGAACAAUAUGCCAAACAUGGUGAUGCUGUUUCUAAGAGAUUAAAUUUAUUGUUUGAUCACUUGAACAAUGAAGAUUUGUUAUCCGCUGAAACAGUCGAAUCUUUGAAGGAAGUAUGUAAUUUGUUAGAAAAUAAGGAAUACGAACAAGCCUUGGCCAAAAAUAUUGAACUCGCUACAAAGCAUAGCGAAGAGACCGGUAACUGGCAUCCAGGUGUCAAGCACCUUAUUCAAAUGGCGCAGGCUUUAUUAUAA